GAGUCCAAGUUCAAAGAGACAGGAGUCCUUACUCCAGAGGAAUUUGUGGCCGCGGGUGACCACUUGGUUCACCACUGUCCCACAUGGCGAUGGGCUCCAGGCGAUUCUGCCAAGACCAAACCAUAUCUUCCUCCAGAGAAGCAGUUCCUCAUCACCAAGAAUGUCCCUUGUUACAGGAGGUGCAAACAAAUGGAGUAUCGCAGUGAGCAGGAGCUGGUGCUGGAGUCAGAGGGUGACCCUGAUGGUGGCUGGGUGGACACGCACCAUUUCAGUGACUCAGCCAUCUUGGAAGAAAAAGUGGCUGACAUGGCACUUGAAGAUAAGAAGGCAUCUUGUGCGGAAGCUUUUGAGGAGUCAGGAAUGCUGGAGCAAGAGGAUCCUAGUUCAAUCCAGACACCAAGGACCGUUCCUGCAGUGUCUAGCCUGGGGAACAGCACCAGCGACGGGGGUGAGGUGCUCCAAACUCGCACAUAUGACUUGCACAUCACCUAUGACAAGUACUACCAGACACCUCGCCUGUGGUUGACAGGUUAUGAUGAGAAUCGGCAACCUUUAACAGUUGAAGAAAUGUAUGAGGACUUUAGCCAGGAUCAUGCCAACAAGACUGUCACCAUGGAAACACAUCCUCAUCUCCCAGGUCCUCCCAUGGCAUCUGUCCAUCCCUGCAGACAUGCCGAGACCAUGAAGAAGAUAUGUGAAACAGUGCUUGAAGGAGGAGGCGAGUUGGGGGUCCACCUGUACCUCAUAGUGUUCCUGAAGUUUGUACAGGCCAUCAUUCCCACCAUUGAAUACGACUACACGCACAAUUUCACACUGGCUCCCUAGGAUAACUGAACAUGGGAAAAGUGCUGGUGUUCUACAAGUCAUCUUCUGCUGACCCAAGAAAGUUGAAUUAGCAAGCAAACUA